GCACGAUGUCCAACUUAGUCUUAAGUCGGCGUCAUCCUUCAGAAGUUGUUCUCAUACGGGAAACCGCAGUCUUAGUGACAGAAAAGAGGAACAUUCAACAGCGUUCAGCGAAAGGGAAAGAGGAGAAAUAUGCCGGCACGCAACAAGGAGCAAGAGGCUGAGGUGUUGACCUGGAUCGAGGCGGUUCUAGGUGAGAAGCUUCCGCCGGGAAACUACGAAGAUAUACUCAAGGAUGGAGUAAUUCUUUGCAAGCUCAUCAAUAAACUAGCACCUGGAUCGGUGAAGAAAAUCCAAAGCAAAGGAACUAAUUUCCAGCUCAUGGAGAACGUCCAGAGAUUCCAAGCUGCGAUCAAGAAUUAUGGUGUUCCACAAGAAGAGAUCUUUCAAACAGCUGACUUGUUCGAAAGACGCAACAUCCCACAGGUUACGCUGUGCCUGUACGCACUGGGUAGAAUAACGCAGAAGCAUCCUGAAUAUAAUGGACCGCGUCUGGGACCGAAAAUGGCUGAGGAGAACAAGAGAACGUUCACGGAAGAACAACUUCGAGCUAGCGAGGGCCAACUCAAUUUGCAAAUGGGUUUCAACAAAGGGGCUAGUCAAGCAGGCCUCGGUUCUUUCGGCAACACUCGACACAUGUAAACUCCUGAUCUCGAAGAACGCACAAAAUAUACGUUAUCGAGGGUGGAAUAGGUACAAAUAUUCAUUUAAAAUCUAAAUAUCGAUCUCGAAGUACCACGCUUGAUGUACGACCGCGAAAUCAUUACGCUAAAUUCGAACCGACUAAAAAAGCUUUAUCGAGGAGUAUCUUCGUGGUCAGGUGGCAAAACAUUUUUACACAACGAACUAUGUUAUCUGACUUUAAAAAAUGUACUCUGAAGACUGCAAUUGUACGAGCAAAAAAAUAGGUUACUAGAAAUGUAUUGUAUUACGUGUGUACGUAAAUGCGAAAUCCUGUUGAACGAUAAUUGGUAAUGCAUACAAGCUCACGAUACUUUAUACACAUAUCACGUUGUAUCACCUACAUAACACAUACGACACACAUUACACAUGUACAGAUACACACUACACGCGUACAUUUUAAUCAAGAAAACUAGAAAUAUCAAAUGAUACUCUAACACGUAAACAACAUAACACAUUUCACGUAAAUUCAUUACACGAAACACGAAACAUGACAUGGCACAGAAACACGAAUUUAUCACAUGAAUCGUACGCAGAUGAAUGAAACAACUGGUGGGACGAUAACAGGAUUUCGCAAUUACUUUAAUGUGUAAAUGUACGAUUUUAUCGCAAGUAUCGACGAUUAAUCUAUCAAUUCGAACGACUAACGUAAUGCCUUUUCUAAGAUUUGUAAUUGUUCUCAUUGUAAACGACGAAUGUACGAAAUAAAAAAAAAAGCGGCGCUGCUAUUUUCUACUA